CCUCGCCGUUACGAAAUCGGAGACGCCGUUGCGAGCUCCGAAGGAAAGGAUAGUCCCGUACGCGAAGAAGUAAUACCGCGUUACGUAACAGUCGCGAGUAGACGCGAAUUAAAUUGUUUAGAGUCUUUCCUCGUCCGCUAAAGAAUCGGAGACGCCGUUGCGAGCUCCGAAGGAAGGAGAAGUCCCGUGCGCGAAGAAAGAUACUGCGUUACGUAAUAGUCGUGAGUGAACGCGAAUUAAAUAGAUUCUCGCCUAUAUCACGCAUGUUGUAAAUGCACGUUGUCGGUUAAACGAGGUGGCGACCGUAAGAUAUCCCGGACGGAGGCUGUGGCGCUUCGCAAUCGAGGUUUGAGCCGGCUGAUGUCUGAAACAAAGGUUCCGGUUGUAUCAUCGGCCGUUGCUGCCGUUCAAGCGUCAUCAAUCUCAGCGACGACCGUCGAUGUCCCGGCGCCAAAGAAGAGACCGGCCAUUGAGCGUCCGCCCACGCCGGGCACAGCAGCCGCUGCGCAAUAUUACCUAGCAACUAUUGACGACAGGUUUUCUCCGACCGUGUUCGAAAGAGAGGUCGCGAAGGCGAUGGCUUCAGGGCUCAUCGCACGUGACUCGCCAACCGCGCAACUACCAGCUGUUGACGAAGGCACAUCCCUGACAGGGAACAUUCAAGAAGCCACUUUAUCGGCAGAGCGCGCACCUGAGCGUAGUGACGCAUAGUCACGCUCUAUGUAUAUACUCGUUUUAUUAGUUUAUAUGAGAUACAUUAUAUUUUGUGUUCUCGGAUACCGAGUUUAUUAAUGUUCACGCGCGAAAAUGGAUUAUGUAUUUAUGUUAUUUUAUUUUAUAUGUGAAAUCCCGUUAGGGCAGAGUAAGUUUAUCUUGUGUUUAUGUCAAUUUCUUGAAUAUGUGUUAUGAAAGCGCGUUGAAUGUACUGGUGACGUUGAUUAUAACGAAUUUAUUGAUAUUAUGUUUAAAAGAGAGAGCCAUAAUAUAUUUUAUUUUCAUGUGUGUUGUAAUGUUUCUUGUCGAAUUGGCAAAAAGAGAUUGAGUAAUGACUAUAAGUGUGAAUGAGCGAAAGAGCGUAUUAUGAAUAAAAAGACUUUUAUAUUAUAAACGGAAAAA